UAUGUAGAACAUUCCAACGCCAUGUUUCUCGCCGUUUGAUGGUGAUCAAAAUGCAUAAAAAUACAUUAUUUUAGCGUCUUAUGGCACCUGCGUAAAGGUAUAAUCAUGUGUCAUCUGUAAUCGAGGUAUGAAAUAAAAUGUCCUUCGCCCAGCAAUGUUUUGAAUUGAAUUCAUAAGUAGUACGUCAUUUCCUGCACGAGGAAGCCCUUAAAUGUGUCAACAGAUCGCAAAACAAAUACAUACAGUAACAGUUAAGAGUUGCGCUCGAUGGUCGGAGUCAACGGUAAGAGAGCUGUGUUGGUGGAUUUCUCGGAAUAAUGCACCGCAUUUGAUGAAUGGGGCGUUUGGUGAGUCCCUUCCCAUCACCACAGACUCACCAGGCUUCAUUGUCAAGAUUGGGAUCCUGAUUGAUUGACUUUCCUGUCUAACCGGAGGUGUUCCUGUGAAAGACGCCGGGGUGACACAAUGGACGGGUCAGAGGAGUUUGAGGGACGCACCAUGGUUGAGGUGAUCACUGACAAGUACAACCUGGAGAACUUCCCCUACUGUCGUGGGCCCGGCACGGGUGUGGUGGUUCUGACCAGCCCACAGAGUUCUCCAGUGAAAGGCCAGCUGAACUUGCCUCGAGUGCUCGUGCUGGACAGCUGUGGAAUCACCCAGGCUGGAGAUGAAUCAGAGGUUGCCACCUUCUGUGCCCAUGUGGUAGAGCUGGACCUUUCAAAUAACCACCUGCAAGAGUGGGGGGAGGUCUUGAAGAUCGUGUCCAACGUUCCGAAGCUGGACUUCCUCAACCUCAGCAUGAACCCUCUGAGUGGGUCACAGCUGGAGCAUGAGGCGGAGCCUUUUCUAGAGCUGCGCCACCUGGUCCUCAACAACACCCACGUGUCCUGGGGAGUCCUUCACAAACUCACUCGGGAGAUCCCAAAGCUGGAGGAGCUCUUCCUAUGUCUGAAUGAAUAUCGGUCCGUCCAGUUGUCCGAUGUGCCUUGCGCCUCCCUGCGGCUAUUGCACAUCUCGGACAACCAGCUGCAGGACUGGGCCGAGGUGCGUAAGCUCGGCCUCAUGUACCCCGGGCUCCAGUCCCUCAUCCUCGCCAACAACACGCUGACCUCCAUCGAUGAGCCACAGGAGUCUCUCUGCCGCCUGUUCCCCCAGCUGCGCUAUAUCAAUCUUCAUAACACAGGUCUGAGUCGUUGGGAGGACAUUGAGAGGUUGAGCAUGUUCCCCAAGCUGCAGGAGGUCAAAGUCAUGGGGGCUCCGUUACUGCAGUCCUACAGCACCACAGAGCGAAGGAGUCUCGUGGUGGCACAGCUCCCUACAGUCACGGUGCUGAACGGGAGUGUGGUGACACCAGGAGAGAGGGAGGACGCCGAACGUUUCUUCGUCCGCUACCACGUUGAGUAUCCUGAGAAUGAGCUACCUAAAAGACAGAAUUAUAAUAGCUACAGAAGGAUAUGGGUUGAUUUCUUCUUUGCAGUAAUGGACCAUCAGUAGAGCCCUUUUUCUCAGGAUAUCCUCUACCCCUUUGGACCGGCCUAUAGGGAUUUAGAGACCCCAAAGAUGGACGAUGGCAGCUCCCCAGAAAUUCCUCUCCUCAUCCCUUUUUUCUUCUUCACCAUCCCCUACCGCUCUCUCUACGUAAACAACAAUGGAGUGAUCUCCUUUGGUGUACAGGUAAGCCAGUUCACCCCUGAAGCUUUCCCCCUCAGCGACAGUCGCUCCUUCAUCGCUCCUCUCUGGGGCGACGUACACAAUGGCAUCCGAGGCGACGUGUACUAUCGUGAGACCAUGGCGGCAGACAUCCUGGAAAGGGCAACCCUGGAUGUCCGCAAGAUAUAUAAAAACAUGGGCUCCUUCACAGCCACCUGGGCCUUCAUUGCAACGUGGCAUCAGGUCACAUUUUAUGGAGGCAGCCAGACCACUCCGGUGAAUACAUUUCAGUGCGUCCUCAUUUCGGAUGGAGUAACAUUCUUCUCCAUGUUCAACUACGGAGACAUUGCCUGGAGCACAGGCACAGCCAGUGGAGGAGAUCCCCUUACCGGCCUGGGCGGAACCACAGCACAGUCAGGUUUUAAUGGCGGCGAUGUGAGUCACUUCUUCAACCUCCCUGGCUCUCGUACCAAUGAUGUCGUGAACAUUGAACAAACCACCAACGUCAACCAUCCUGGCCGAUGGUUCUUCCGGGUUGACACAGAGCAGAUAGAUCCAGCCAAUGGGUGCAGCUAUAAUGGUCGUUUCUACCGACGGGGCGAGGUGUUCUGGCUGUCAGACCAGUGCUCCCAGCGGUGCCGUUGUCUGGAUAUAGAUAAUGAGGUCUUUUGCCAGGAGGCUCCGUGUGGGCAGCUAGAAACGUGCGAACAGCUGGACGGCGCCUACUACUGCCAGCCUACGCGCACUAGCACCUGUGUGGUGUUCGGAGACCCCCACUACCACACCUUCGAUGGUUUCCUCUACCACUUCCAGGGCACCUGCUCCUACUUGUUGGCCCGUCCCUGUUGGGAGAGCCCUGGGCUUCCCUACUUCAGUGUGGAGGCCAAGAAUGAGAACCGGGGCUCUGCGAUGGUGUCCUGGCUUCGAGACGUCACUAUAGACGUUUACGGCCAUCGGAUAAAUCUGCCAAAAGGCAGCCUGGGAACAGUUCAGGUGGAUGGCCUGAUGCGGACACUUCCAGUGCAGCUUCAGCUUGGAGCUGUCCGAGUGUAUCAGUCGGGCGUGGCCGUUGCCCUGGAGACAGAUUUCGGCCUCCUGGUGACAUAUGAUGGGCAACACUACGCCUCCAUCUCCCUGCCGAGUCCUUACUUCAACAACACCUGCGGCCUGUGCGGCAACUACAACGACGAUCCGGCCGACGACCCCGUGCUGCCGGACGGCUCGCUGGCAGAGAGCGUGGUGGAGCUGGGAGGAAGCUGGAGGGCAGAGGACUUUGACUGGCGAUGCACAGAUGGCUGUGCCCACAACUGCAGUGUGUGCGACCCAACCACCGAGGCCUUCUACUUCAAGCCGGACUACUGUGGCCUCAUCAACAAGACCGACGGGCCCUUCCGAGACUGCCGUGCAGUGGUUGACCCUACUGCCUUUGUGUACAGCUGUGUGUACGACAUGUGUAGUAACCGGGAUAACAUCACCACACUGUGUCAGGCCAUACAAGCAUACGCCCUGGCAUGCCAGGCACUUGGGGUUACCAUUCGUCCCUGGAGAUCACGCACAUUCUGUGCUCUGAACUGUCCUGAGUUCAGCCACUACGAGGUGUGCACCAGCGCCUGCCCCGCCUCCUGCUCUGAGCUGACCUCCCACCUGCACUGCACACACCCUUGCACCGAGGGCUGCCAGUGCGACCAGGGCUAUGUGCUGAGCGGCAGCCGCUGUGUCCGCCAUGAGGACUGCGGCUGCGAGCAGGACGGCCUCUACUACACCCUCAACGAGACCUUCUGGGCUGGGGAGGCCAGCGAGCACGGCGGCGAGUGCUCCCAGCGCUGUGUGUGCGGGCCGGCCGGCGAAGUGUCCUGCUUCACUGACUCGUGCCAGGAGGGGGAAGUGUGCAUAGCCGAGGUCGGGCUGCUGGGCUGCUACCCCCGGCGUGAGGGCGUCUGCUUCCUGUCCCAGACACAGGUCAUGUCCACGUUCGACGGCAUCGCGCUGCCAAUCCCUGAUGAGAGCUCCUUCUACCUGGUGAAACCGUGCGUGGUCAUGUCAGCCAACGUGUCUGUCGUGGAGGUGAAGAUGGGAAGAAAGCUGGUGAAUAAAGGCCCCACCUGGAUGCGACCGGUGGUCAUCAGGGUGGGUCACGUGGAGGCUCAGAUCGGUGGAUCAGAUUUUGACUCUGCAAAGUUGAAUGGAGAGCCUGUGGGUCUCCCCUAUGUCCAUCCAGUGGAUAUGCUGACGAUAUACAAGAAGGGAAACAUGACUGUUGUAGAUUGGAAUGGCCUGGUAAAAGUCCGCUACUCCCACCAUGGCCAGCUCAACGUCUCCCUCUCCACUGUCUAUUACAAUGCCACCUGUGGCCUGUGUGGCUUCUUCAACAGCGACCCCAACGACGACCUGCGCCUGCCCAACGGGCGGCAACCAGAGACAGCUGAGCUCUUUGUGGAGGGCUGGAGAGCUAUUGCGGAUGACCUGACGUGUAAUGGGGAUUGUGAGGAUCUGUAUCGCAUGUGUGUGGAUUUGCGGCUCUACCAGAGCCCUUGGCUCUGCGGGAACAUCAACGACCCGGGCAACAGCUCCUUCCUGGCGUGCCACAUGGCAGUCAACCCCUCGCCGUUCUUCAGAAACUGCCUCUAUAACAUGUGUGUGAAAGAGGGCAACCGCUCAGCGCUCUGUUCCUCCCUACAUGCCUAUGCCUCAGCCUGCCAGGAUGCACAGAUCAGUUUAGGAGCCUGGCGAACUGCCACCAAUUGCCCUCUGCCCUGCCCUGAGAACAGCCACUUUGAGGAGUGCGCCAGCUCCUGUCCAGUGACCUGCACCAACCUGGACGAGCUGGACGAGCCGUGCCCGCUGCCCUGUGCCGAGGGCUGCCAGUGCGAGGAGGGCUACGCUCUCCGGGACGGGCAGUGCGUGGCGCGGAGCGACUGCGGCUGCAUGUACAUGGGUCGGCAGCUGGCCACCAACGAGACCUUCUGGACAGACUGGGAGUGCCAAGAGCGCUGCUUCUGCAACGGUACCGACAACAGCGUCUACUGCCAGUUCGCCCCCUGCGACACCGAGGAGUUCUGCCAGGAGGACGAGGACCUCUACUUCUGCCAGCCGCGCACCGAGGCGCUGUGCGCCGUCGCCGGCUACAGCCACUUCCUGCCGUUCAGCGGCAUUCCGUUCGACCUACAGAGCAGCUGCUCGCUGAUGCUGGCCACCACGCAGUGCGGGGAGGAUGAUGACAGAAGCGACAGGCUGCCCCAGUUCAAGCUGUUUAUCCGGAACGAGGAACGAGACACGCAGCAGUCGAUCUGGGUCCGGGGCUUUGUCCUGGAGGUGUAUGGCUAUGAGAUAGAAGUGUCACGGAGCUACAAGAACACUGUCACGGUGAAUAAGGAGCGCCUGUAUCUGCCUCUGAAAUUGGGCCCGAGCAAGGUCAAUAUCUACACCCUCGGUCUGCAGCUGAUGGUGGAGACAGAUUUUGGCCUCAAAGUGGCCUUUGACUGGAACACCCGCGUGCUGCUGUCCCUGCCACGCAGCCUCUACAACGCCACCUGCGGGCUUUGCCAAGGAGUGCCCCUGUCUGGUUCUAGCACCACUGUCACUCAAUGGGGCAUGACAUGGGCAAAGCGCGAGACGUUCUGCCAGGUGGGGUGUGGCGACUCGUGUCCCAGCUGUGGGAACGCGGAGAGGUCUGCAGAAGGCCCCGUGCUGUGUGGGCUGCUGGUGGACCGCGGCAGCGUGUUCGCCCACUGCCACAGUAUGGUGCCGCCGCCGUACUUCUACCAGAGCUGCCUGCAGGACGCCUGCCUGGACCAGGGGGCGCGCGAGACCAUCUGCAACUGGCUCCAGAUCUACGCCAGCACCUGCCAGACUCAGGGAGUGCCCAUCAUUGGCUGGAGGAGCAACACACCAUGCACUGUGUCAUGCCCAGCAAACAGUCACUAUGCCAGCUGCAUGAUGGUGUGCCAACCCCAGUGUGCCCCAGCCCGUGGGCAGCGUGACUGUAACCAGUACUGUGUGGAGGGAUGCCAAUGUGACCAGGGAUAUGUGCUCAACGGCAAGAGCUGCAUCCUCAGUCAGAACUGUGGCUGCUACACCAACAGCAAAUAUUACGAGCCUAAGCAGCUGUUCUGGAACGGCGACUGUACCAAGCGCUGCCAGUGCAUCGGGAGGAAUCUGAUCCAGUGCGACCCCCGCCGCUGUAAGGCCGAGGAGGAGUGCACGCUGCGCAACGGCGUGAGAGGCUGCUUCGCCCGACGCACCCAGCACUGCGUCGCCUCGGGCGGUGGAGUGUUCCGGACCUUCGACGGCGCCUCUCUCCGUUUGCCUGCCUCCUGUUCGUUUGUCCUCUCCACCAUCUGCCACAAGCUGCCAGAGCUCUCGUUCCAGCUCAUUGCCAACUUCGACAAGUGGAGCACGCCAAACCUCACCACUAUCUCACACGCCUACCUGUACAUCAAUGAGGAGAACAUUCUCAUCUCUGGGAGCACGGUCAAGGUAAAUGGUACCCCUGUGACAGUACCUUUUGUCACGGGCCUGAUGACACGCGUGUCCACCUCAGAGGGCUUCCUGGUCAUUGACACGCCCCAGGAGAUCCAGGUGCGCUACAACCGCUUUAACACCCUGAGCAUCACCAUGGGGCCCCGGCUGCAGAACAAGGUGUGCGGCCUCUGCGGCAACUUCAACGGUGACCCCACCGAUGACUACAUCACCUCCCGCGGCAAACCAGCCACCAGCGCCCUGGAGCUCGCGCAGAGCUGGAAGACCAAUGGCAUGCAAUACAGCUGUGAUGAGACCCAGUAUGUGGCCCUGGCCCAGUCCUGUGAUAACACGGCUGUGGCAGCCCUUCAGGCUGAGGACAGCUGCCUGAAGCUCACUGAGAUGAAGGGUUUCUUCCAGCCCUGCCACGGCCUGCUGGACCCCAGGCCCUUCUACCAGUCCUGCUAUCUGGACGGCUGCUACAACCACCACAAGGCCCAGGUGUGCGGCUCCAUGGCGGCAUACGCCGAAGCGUGCCGCUCCUUUGGCACGCUCACGACCAAGUGGAUCACCCAGGAAAACUGCUCAGAAUGGAUCUAUGACCCCUGUGCCGGAGAGAUCUGCACAAACAACACAUGUGAGCAGGAGAAUGGAGGAGACCUGUGUGGUUGUCCGGAACUGCCCAGCAAUGAGAUAGGAGAGGAUGACAUCCUUCAGGCAGAGGUGAUAUGUAAGCAUGCUCGGAUGGAGGUCUCUAUAUCCAAGUGCAGGCUCUUCCAGCUGGGCUUUGAGCGGGAGGAUGUGCGCAUCAACGACCAGCACUGCCCUGCCAUAGAGGGAGAGGGCUACAUCUCUUUCCACAUCAACAACACCAAAGGUCACUGUGGCUCCAUUGUACAGUCUAAUGGAACACAUAUCAUGUACAAGAACACUGUCUGGAUAGAGAGUGUGAACAAUACAGGAAAUAUUGUGACACGUGACAAAACAAUCAAUGUGGAGUUCUCCUGUGCCUAUGAGCUGGACAUCAAGAUCUCCCUGGAGACGGUGCUAAGACCCAUGCUAAGUGUCAUAAACCUCACGCUGCCAACUCAAGAGGGAAGCUUCAUCACCAAAAUGGCUCUUUAUAAGAACUCCUCCUACCGCCAGCCUUACCGAGAGGGCGAAGUCAUGCUCAGCACGCGAGACAUUCUGUAUGUUGGCGUAUUCGUGGAGGGGGCAGAUGCGCGGCAGCUCAUCCUCAUCGUGAACAUGUGCUGGGCCACUCCCUCCCGCUACAGCACUGACCGACUGCGCUACAUCAUCAUAGAAAGAGGCUGUCCCAACGUCAAAGACAACACCAUUGGCAUGGCUGAGAAUGGCGUCUCUCUUACAUGCCGAUUCCAUGUUACUGUGUUCAAGUUCAUUGGUGACUAUGAUGAGGUCCAUCUUCACUGUGAUGUCACACUCUGUGACUCUGAAGUCCAACCAUGUAAAGUGAACUGCCCACACAGCAGGAGAAUGUACUCAGGAGAAACUGAACACAGGCAACAGCAGAUACUGUCCAUAGGACCCAUCAAACGUAGAGAGACCGACUGGUGUGAAGACAACAAUGGAGGCUGUGAACAGAUGUGCACCAGCCAGAUGAGGGGACCAGUGUGUAGCUGUGUCACAGGAAUGCUCCAGAAAGAUAGGAGAAGCUGCAGAGUGGCUGGUUCUGGUGCUCAACUCCAACCUCUCAUUCCUCUGGUAAUUUUUGGAGUGACCUAUGCUCUUCUGACCCUCACACACACAUUGUCCUGUUUGUCCUAACCCUUCAUGCAACCACACAAGGGAGGAGAGAGGUGGGAAGGACCCAGAUUGAUGGCAAGUAAUUGAGAGACAAGGAGAAAAGGAGCAGCGUAAGAAAACUGAGCAUCCAUUCAAAAAGCGUCACCAUAAAGCAAUAAUAAAACCAAAACACUGCCGAGAAGAAUCAUCAGCCGCAUCUGUUCAAUGAUGUGAAGGACAUCACACAGUGAUCAGCCUUUUUUUAUAUUGGGGCCCUGUGUCUGAAGGCGCUGGAGAUAUCCAAUGAGACAACCCCAGAACGCAACAAAUCAAAACAGAUCGGGUUUAGACGUGAACAAAAUAAUUGAACAGGAACAAUACAAACUGUGUCAGAAUUUCAAAAGUAAAUAUAGUGGACAAUAAAAAGUGUGACUUGGCAAAAUUA